AUGCUUCCAACUUACAAUGAUGGAUCUUCUCCCCAAACUGUCCAGAGGGGUGUUUCUCGACCAAAUAUGGCAACGUCUGAGCUCUUUUCUGCACUUUCAGCAUCUGUGUGGUCAGAGGGUAAAAAGCGAGCUGAAUCAGCUUAUCAAAACUACGCGAAAAUUGACUCUCUUCGUCCAUUCUUUGACGUUGAACCAAGGGAAGUUCUUGCAAGGAUCUUGAAAUCCGUUGAUCCUCGAUCACCGUACAAUCUAGAUGCAACUAACACGGAUCUCUAUGGUCCAUUCAUGGCUUGCCUUACUCUGAUAGCUGUUAUACUGUUUGAAAUGAAGUUAUCGAAUCACCAAGUGCAAGAAGGAACACUAAUGGGAUCAGCUUUUUUAACCUGUUUUGGCUAUUGGUUAUUGACUUCUUCUCUCCUUCUAGUAGCCUGUUACUUUGGGAACUCACAGAUGAAUUUGGUCCACCUUCUUUCCUCAGUGGCACGUCAUUUUGCGGAUAUGGAAUUUGUUCUACCUGUGCUGUUCUGUUUAUUUGCGCCGCUAUUCACAAUGGAGCAUCAGAAACAAUAUUUUUCCUGCUUUGGGUUAUACUAUGCGGCCAUGUUAAUGUGGAAUAAUAUACCUCUGAAGACGCCACGUAUAACUGGAUGUAUUUUUGCACUUUCUUCACAUAUGUUGUUUGUUAUCUAUCUCCACUUUGCUUAUCAUACGAUCGUCCAGGGUAAGUCUAAACUAGCCGAUUUAAAACAGUUUCUUUAG